CUUUUAAAAAAUAUAUAUAAAUUAUAAAUAUGAGUUCGUUAGCAAGGGUUAUUCAAAAGUUAAGCAUUCUAGAUUUAAAAGCCACUACUCCAAUUAUUUCUAGUGUAAGAUUUAAAGCCAAAAUUGUAGAAAAACCACAAAUAGGCCACGGAAUAAGUUUUCGCAGAAGAGUUAAUUAUCCAGAAGAAUAUACAGUUAAACCUUUAAAUGUUACAAACUUAGGUGGAAGAGAUCCUGUCACUGGUCGGCUAGUAGUCAAAGGUAUCGGCGGGGGAAUUAAACAUAAGUACCACUGGAUAGAUUGGAAAAGGGUCGGUCCAAAGGAAGAAGGUAAAGUGCAAGAAGAAAAAGUAAUUAAAAUUAUGAAAGAUGGUUGCAGAACUGCAAAUAUAGCUUUAGUUGCCCAUGGAGAUAAGCUCAAGUAUAUUUUAGCUACUGUUAAUAUGAAACCUGGGGAUAUUAUUAAAACAUCUUGUUACAUACCAAGGAUCCCUGUAAGAGCCAAUGAAGGAGAUGCAUAUCCUCUAGGAGCCUUACCUUUAGGAACCCAGGUACAUUGUGUUGAAAAAUAUCCAGGAUUCGGUGGUACCUACGUACAUGCUGCAGGCACAUAUGCAACAAUCUUACGAAAAGCCCCCAAUGACCAUGUUGUCAUCAUGAUGCCAUCAAAAAAGGAAUUUAGUUUGCCAGCAAUUAGUAUGUGUACUGUUGGAAGGUUAAGCAACAUAGAAUAUGGCAGCACACCUAUUGGUUCUGCUCAAAGGAAUAGAGAAUUGGGUAAUAGACCCAGGUCUGGUUUGUGGAAGAGGAAGACAGGAAUCCACGGAAGAAAAAUUCGAAAACCUCCUCCUGUUAAAACGAUAGUAGCCAAACCAAAGGAUGAAAUAGAAACAAUCGUUUUAAGUUGUCACAGGCCUUUUGUAAAAACUAAUAGAAGUCAAUUUCAUUAUUAA